CUGGGUGCGAAAAAAUGUAGGCUACAUGUACGCGCCCUCUUUGGUGGUCAGUGCUCAGCUCCCCCGCGACCAAAACGCGCGUGACCACAGAUCAUUGUUGUUUCUACGGGUGACUAUAAAGUCCAAACAUGUUCCUGUUUGCCAUCAAACGGCGAUUUUACUAACGGAUUGUUUUCGUUCUUGCCGCAGAGCGCGCAUCAAGUGGUUAUUGUCAGGUGGUCUGACCCACCGUCGCUAUUUUAAUUGAGAGCUUAUCCAAAAAUGACGGAUGCAGAAAUAACGUUUUUACCGGUGGGGCAGGAUAAUGAGAGAUUCGGAAGUAACCUGCUCGACAAUAAAAAGCUGACCCGCCUGUACUGCAUGAAUGGCGGACAUCAUCUGCAGAUUCUCCCGGAUGGGACCGUGGAAGGCAACAGGGACGAGAAUGACAUUCACACGGUCCUGCGGGUGAAAUCUGUGGACCGUGGUGUGGUUGUCAUCCAGGGGACAGAGGCAGGACGCUACUUGGCCAUGAGCAGUGAAGGAAAGCUCUACAGUUCAUCCAUAGUAACUGAUCAGUGUUAUUUCCUGGAGAAGAUUGAGGUGAACCACUACAACACCUACCAGGCCCAGAAGUACCAAGACGGGAGUUGGUACGUGGGACUGAAGAAGAACGGGAAACCCAAACUAGGCUCCAGAACCCACAUAGGGCAGAAGGCCAUCUUCUUCUUGCCACGGCGGUUGGAGGGCGCAGGGGAGUGAAGGGUGUAAGGCCAGGGGUGGAUCUGAAAUGGCCAAAUGUAGUACACUAUAUUGGGAAUAGGGUGCCAUUUCAGACACAUCCAGUGGGAAAGUGGGAAAUUGCAGGCAAACAGACAGGCUAAUCAAACAGUAUUUUACAUGUAAACUAAGUACUGAAGCUUGUGUUGCAGGUUAUAACAGCAGUUAUGCUUUCGCCGACCUGUUAAAGAUGCUGUCACCUGUAUAAACUAUUAUAAGCUAUAUGAUGGACAUCUGACUGGUAGAAUUAUGCUAAAACUCAACCAAAUUAAGCAUUCCACUCCACACUAUAACUGCAAUCUACUUUAUGCUGCUAACUAGACAUCUAGAAUGUAUAUCUUUGUUGAUGACUGUUUCCCACUGUGGUCCUCUGUAGCUGAGUUGGUAGAGCAGGGGUGUUUGCAACGCCAGGAUAGCGGGUUUGAUUCCUUGGACCAGCCGUACUUUAGAAUUUAUGCACACAUUACUGUCAUUCUUUUUAGAUAAGUGUCUGCCAAAUGGUAUAUAUUUAAAAUGUAUUAUUGAAUCAUGACAACACCAAUGAUAUGUAGCCUAUAUAUGGAAAUUAUAUGAGUAGUGUCUCUCACCAGGCAAUUGUUAUAGAAAGCUGAUGGAAAAUAUAUCACAUACUGUACAUUGAAAACCAUUUAUUUUUAAACCUAUGGGAACUGUA